UAAACAAAAAUCAACUUAUUCAAGCUCGGAGUAUUACUUUCAAUUUCCAGUCUAUUAAAAUGAAAAAUUAUCAGAAAAAGUUGUUAGUUGGGUAUACAAGAGAUCAAAUGUUUAAUAUGAUAUCAGAUAUUGAAGCUUACGAAAACUUCGUACCUUUCUGUAAUAAAUUAGAGAUAAUAAGCCGGAAUGACAAGAAAAUUAAAGCAAACAUCUUUAUUGGAUUUAAACCAAUUGUAGAAAAAUAUUUGUCGACUGUAGAAUUAUCCGCACCAGAAUACAUACGAACCGUGGGUAAAAGUAAUAGCGAAAUAGUAGAUCACUUAGAAACCUUGUGGAUAUUUUCAAAUGGACCUAUUAAUGUUAAAAAUUCAUGUAUUACCGAAUUUUCUAUAUCAUUCUGUUUUAAAACGUUUUUAUUCAGUAUUAGCGGAUCCAAUUUUUAA